AGCUUGGGCUCCAAACGGGGGGGAAGUGAGGGCCACCAGUGCCACAAGAGCAGCUCGCUCCGAUUCCGCCGCGCUCGCCGCCUCCGAUCGCUCCGAAGAAUCCGAGUCGGCCAUGACGGAGCGUUGGCGACAGCUGCUGGAUCAACUGGGCCAAGAGUUGGAACAACAAGCUGCGCAACUGAAAGAUUUGGAAGACAAGAAUCGUCAACUCCUGGACGCGGAAGCAGCGCGGAAGGGUCGGCUCAGCCACGCCAGUCGCGACAGCGAAGACUCGAUCGAGGUGGAGGGUGGAGACGUCGUUCCCAAUGUGAUCCCACGCAACUACCACGAGCGAGGCUCCCGUGUGUCUGUCAUGGACUCCAUGGAGGUGGACCCUCUGGUGCCCAAUCCGCCUCCCUCGCUGCUCCGACCCCAACGGCCAAGCCAAGCAUCUGUGGCCUCCCUGGCGGAUGCCACGAAACUGCUGGCGGCCGAGAAGAUGCAGCUCUCCGUGCUCCGGGCAGAGAAGACCAUUGAGUUCGCGGCUCAGAGGCCCUGGUGGGUCAUCAAUCCGGACAGCAACCGCUUCUCCCACGUGUGGCAAGUGGUGACCAACUUCGCGUUGGCCUUCGUCGCAUUGGUGACACCUCUCCAGGUGGGAUUGCUUGAGAUCGACUGGGAUGCUCUCUUUGUCAUUACCUGGUGUGUGGACAUCGUCUUCAUGAUUGACAUGGUACUUCAGUUCAUUACCAUGUACCCACGCACAACUGCGCGGGGCAUGGAAUUGGAGUACCGGCCCUCAAAGAUUGCGAAGCAUUACAUGAUGACCUGGUUUUGCCUAGACUUUGCGACGCUGAUCCCGCUGGACACCAUCGGCCUGCUCGCAGGGGCGGAUCGCUUGAAGGACCUGCGCAGCAUCAAAAUCAUCCGCGUGCUGCGCCUCUUGAAGUUGAUGCGAUUGUUGAGAAGCUCCAAGCUCACUCAUCGAAUCGAAAUUCCAGUCUCAAUCCCCUACCAGCACGUGGCCUUGCUCCGCUUCUUGCUGGUCCUCAUCUUGGCAUGCCACUGGUUGGCCUGUGUAUGGGCGAUGACCCUCAAACUCGUGGAUGAGAAAUAUCCUCAAUGGAUCAACGAGAUCGAGCUGGCCGACGCGCCCUACGGCAUCGUCACACGCGAGUCGCCGCUGCGCAUCUAUAUCGCCAGCUACUACUUUUGCUGCUACACCAUGACCAGUGUGGGCUAUGGCGACUUCGGUCCGCGAAACGUCUUGGAGCGGAUGGCUUGUCUGUGCCAUCGUCUCGGAGAUGACCGCGGAGAGUCAACGCUUCCGGAAGAAGAUGCAUCACUUGAACUCCCUCAUGGAAGAGCAAGGGCUUCCAGCUUCGCUCCGCUGUCGUUUGCGGAGCUUCUUCUUGCAGAAUCGACAUCAAGCGCAACACUUGACGCGGCAGAAGCUGUUGGAUCAUUUGAGCCCUCAACUUCACGCGGAAGUAUGUACCGCCUUGAACCUUCCAUGGAUCCAAAAGGUGACCUUCUUCCGUCAAUUCAUGGGCUUGGUCGAAGCUUUAGAGAUGGAGGGGAUCCACACGGCGCCCUUCCGCGCUUGCAUCGCCGAAGUGAGCCGCGAGCUGAAGGUCGCCGCGUUUGCCCAGCGGGAGAUCUUCGACAAUGUCCAGGUGCUCUACAUCCUCUCCAAGGGCUUGGUCGCGCUCAAUAGCCGUGUGGGUCAGAACGGCGUGGUCUGGGGCGAGGACGGACUUCGUUUUGUCGGACACUAGCCUCAUCCGCCCGGUGGCGGGCUUUGCCCUGACCUACAUCGAGGUGAGACGAGGAUGAGACGGGUGGUGACAAUGCCUUGAGUCGAAAGUUCGAAACCUGGGCAACAGCGAUCGAGUGGAGGAAGUAUGAGGAC